AUUUUCCAGGUUAGAUGGUAUUUCUCCGAUUUGUGUGUUUCACUGAUGACCACGGUGUAAAGAACCUAUUUAUAAAAGGGUCUGGGUUAAUUAUUAGAAAUAAAGUGAUGAAAAACAUCAUAUAAUCUUAUGAUGAUGGAAUAAACUUUAACCUUUUUCCUUAUUGCCAGUUUGUUAUUCAGGACUUUUAUGAGUUAAAUAAAGCAUUGGAAAUGGAAUAUACAUUUAUCACACUCACCAGAUUACAAACAGAAAACGUGACUUUAUCUUUGACCUGCUUUUUAUCUGCACGUGGAAUGGGAAUAGGGUUGUAGGAGAAACAAGGGGUUGGGUAAAAGUAAUUUAAGAGAUAUAGAAACUAUGAUAACAGCAUGACCACGUUUUAGCUCCUCUUUGUUUUUGCUUAUCCCCAUGUAAAAUAUUAACUAUUGAAAAUGGUUUUUUUUCUUGUGUAUGUGUUGUUUGAUACUGCAAAUCAAUUUCCCAUUGAGGACAAUAAAGUUACUAUUGAUUAUUGACCACUGAUAUUGGUGUGUCUUAGAUAUAAAAAAAAACUAUGUACCGCAUAGAUUGGUGACAUUUGUUCAUGAAAGUACAUUUAGUUUUCAGCCAUAGACUGGUUGGAUGUUUAUACCACUUGACAUCUGUGUCUGUCCAGGGUUAAGAUUAGAGUUGAGUUUUGUUUUGUACAAUCAUCACAGCCCAAAGCUUACACCCAAAGCCUAACUCUAACUCUAGAUAUGGCACUUUUAAGAUGGCAGAUCUUUUAUAUAAUUCUUUAUGAUACCUUUUUGCAAGGGUAUUUAUUCAUUUAAUAUAUGAGUGGUAACCAUCAACCAACCUUAAAACCACCAGAUUCACAUUGUAUCUAUUUUAACGUUUUGAAUUACAAAACACUGCAAAUUUAAGCAGUUUUACUUAAGACUCAAAAUUUUAAUACAUAGCAUUUAGAGACUACUGCACCAGCAAUGUUGUGGAAAUCUAAGACUAGUAUCUCUUACUGUCUACUAAAGAGAUUAUGAUAACAAAUCGAAUAAGUCAAUAGUGCGCAUCUGUUUUAAUGUUACUUAUUAUUAGUACUCUAUGCAUCCCCCUGUCAAUUACGUGAUGUUAAUUCAGGUCUGUGCAGUAUUGUACAAUUUUCCCACUGCAAUUAGAUCUCCCAGAGAUUAUGCCAUCAAAUCCUUCCUCCUCAUUGUGUAUCAAUCCCUAUUUCUAAGAAAAAAAAGUUCCAUUACUGCAAGUAACUGGAGAACUGUAAAAUAUUUUCUCUUUAAUAAUCACUAAUAGAACCUAACUAUAUUUAAGGCCAAUUGCUGUCAUUCAGUUUAAUACCUGUUUAAUGUGAAAUGUUUGUAGCAGAAAAAAACUCUAUUCUCCUUAUUCUGAAUCAGUACAAAGCAUGUGAAGCCUCACUUGAAAUUAAACCUAUGUGACCCAGUAGCUAUAAAUAGCUGCUUGUUUAUGCAGAAAGUGAACUUGAGACCAAGACAGAGAACGACAGAGGGGAUUUAAAUAGGAAGUAGCAAAAAUCAUUAGAACAGUAUUUUUUUUUUUGCUGGAUGGCAUAAGUAACUGAAAAGACAAAAGUAGCUAUUGCUCAAAAAGAAAAUAACCAAUGACAUGGAGUUUACAAGGCGUUACUUGCCAAUGGAGUGGGAAGAACGGUGGAGGAGAGAGAAGGAGAGAAGGAAAAGAGUUGUUGAAGAAGGUGGUGAAGGUAUAGAACAGGACAACCGGGAGCUACGAAGAAUUGUUGCUUACAAUGAUUCGAGAAUGGGCUUGACAAGUAGGAGUGACAAAAAAGAGACUCGAGAUGGAAUGAACGGUACUAGUCAGGAGGGAAUUGCGGAGCACAUAAGCGCUGAAAGCUUGGGAGCUGAAGAGAAUAAAGUCCAGGCAUGCCACAACAAAACCUACCCUAAAGAGGUGUUUGUAGCUCUGAAAGAAUUCUUGGAUUCAUCUCUUCUUACAGACCUGACAUUGACAACUGAAAAUCAGAAAAGCUUCCAAGUGCACUCCCUUAUCUUGGCUGCUGUCAGCGGCUUCUUUCUGGAAAGACUACAGGAUAAAAGUGAGGAGAAAUCUGACAAUAGUGAGGACAAAGAUGGAGUCCAGAGGUGGUCAAUGCAAUUGAGUUCAGAGGUUGACCAUAUUGGGCUUCAGGCUGUUGUUGAGUUUGCCUACACUGGGCUUGUGUCAUCUUUGAACAAUGAUAAUAUGGCCCGGAUCAAAGCUGCAGCUCAAGUCCUUGCAAUUCCAAGACUUGUGGACAUCUGCAAAAACAAGGAAAGAAAGGAGAACAGUGAAUGUUUCAAGAAAGAAGCACAAACCAUCUCUGCUCUAGAACAAAUAAAAACUACUCUUCAGUCCAUUGAACAGUUGCGGGCAGAUAGAGUGGGGUGUGAUGUCAUUUUGGACGUGGAUGGAACUUUUUUCCAUGUCCACAGAAUUGUUUUGGCAGUAAGCAGUGAUUACUUCCGUGGCAUGUUCACAUGUGGAAUGAGAGAAUCCCAUCAGAGUUGUGUUGCCCUUCCUUUCCUGUCUACAUGUGAAUUAGAGGCUCUUAUUGGCUACUCAUACAGUGGGAUCCUUCUACUUAGCUGGGACUCUGUUUUUGAGAUUACCUGCAUGGCGCUUCAGCUUCAAUUCCAAUCUGCUCUAUCAAUUUGCCUCAACUUUAUGAAAAAAGAGAUCCAGGCAAGCUCCUGCCUGGAUGUGGCAUCUUUUGCUGAAGCAUAUGAAAUAUCAGAACUUUUUGAGGAGGCCAAUGACUUUGUGUUGAGGAACUUUAUGGAAGUAUCAGGCACAACAAAGUUUCAUGACCUACAAGCAGAAAAGCUUUUAAGCUUCCUUCGCUGCGAUGGCCUUUGUGUACCUUCAGAGUUGGCUGUAUUUCGAGCCGUAAUCUCAUGGAUUGAGGCUGAUCCCGAAGAAAGAUUGGCCCAUGCAGGCUUACUCAUGACUGGAGUUCGCUUCCCCCUCAUGACCUUUCGAGAGUUCAGAGAGGUUAGAGCCAUUAAUCUACGCAUGGAGUGCUUUGGCAACAAAGAGGUGGAACUUUAUGGUUCAGCACUUAAAGAAUUUGGUUUCAGCCUUCCAAAGUCCCAGGAUCACUGUCGGAUCAGGCGACCAAAAGAUACUCUAGUUCUGGUUGGAGGAGACCAACUGAAUCCAGAUGUUGGUCAGCGCAUACCGAGCAGGGAAGUGUGGUUUGCAAACUCCCUACGCAGUGGCACAGGGUUGGUGAAGGACAUUGAAUGGAGGAGAUUAACUGAGAUUCCAGAUAAACCAAAGUUUAGGCAUGGAGUUGCCGUAAUGGAUGGGAAGCUGUAUGUGAUUGGAGGGUGCUUCUUUUAUGCAAAGGAUGACAUUAUGAAAUCUGCCUACAGUUAUGACCCAGUGAAUGAUUACUGGAAGAGGCUGGCAGACAUGCAGGAGUGCAGAAGUAACCUCUCAGUCGUGGUACGUGAAUCGCACCUUUAUGCCAUUGGUGGAGAUAAAGACAUCAACACCAACGUAGACAGUGUUGAGAUGUACAACCCAGACACUGACUCCUGGAGCUUUGUCCAACCGCUGGACCUGGCUCUGAGUGGCCAUGCUGCUGCUAUCAUUAAUGGAGAGGUUUUCAUAUCUGGAGGUUUCAACUGCAAAUAUGAGUGCCUUGUUUCCACAUGUCUGUACCACCCAGAGAGGGGAACCAUCUACCUGGCAGACAUGACCUAUGAUAGAGCCCAGCAUUGCAUGGAAGCCCUACAGAGUCAUCUAUAUGUUGCCGGUGGAGUCUGUAACCUAAGGAAGUUUUACACUGAUCAACUAGUUUGUGAGGUAUAUGAUACUCUGGCUAAUUGCUGGACUACUUUUGCGUCACUGCCCAUGCCCCAUGUUGGUGCAGCCUCCAUUGUUAUGGAGGAGAAGAUCUAUGUACUGGGAGGGUAUUGCCAGGAUGACUACAGUGAGUCUGCACUGGUCCACCGCUUUGAUCCCAUCAUGCAGAGAUGGGAGACCAUGGGCAAAUUGCCUGGAGCUGUUACAGACAUCCGAGCUUGUCUGAUGCACCUGCCCCAGCACCUCAGACAGUAACUGUUUUAUUGAAAUGAUACACUCCUCAAUUAGGCAGUCUGUUUAAACACUGAAAUUACUGCAAUAAUAGAAGUAAAAUAUUCAAAUGUGGAUAUCAAAGGCCUCAGUCACUCAGGCCUACAGACCAGUCAGCAAACCUUUUGAUAACCAUAAGUUGCUUGGAAAAAAUAUGUAUUCUCCAACCAGUUGGUGAGUGGUUGCUGGAGGUUGCUGGCAGUUGCAAAGAGGAUGCUGCACUAAGGCUGUUCCUUAUGACUAUUUUGGUUAAAACCAGUCAACCAUGGUUUGGAUAGAAGAUGUUGAGUUGUUUACAUGUAUUGUUUAACUUGCAGAGCAGUAGUAAGACUUGAAGUGCAAUGAAAACCAGAAGCAGAGACCAUUUGUUUAAGUGAAAAUUACGCCUUAUUGGUUAAAUCAACACAUUUCAAAAGGCACAAAUUUUACUUUGAAGGCAAGUGUUCCCUAAUUGAAAUAUGUGUUGGAGCUUUCAUGGUUUCACUAUCAUACAAAGAGCAGUUGGAGAGUGUUUGCAGAUAAGUCAGCAUCUUUGAUAUAAAACUAUAAGAAAUACAGAUAAUCUGCUACUGAUCAAAGUAAUUGCAAGAAAGUUUUUAGUACAGCACCUCAUAUCUCUUUGUGACCAAAUUUCCCUUGCAGCUGCCAGUAGCCUCAAGCAACAAUUUCAACAGGCAGUCUUUUUCCCCUAGCAGCUUGCAAUUAUUAGGGGUUCACUGACUGGUGUUUUUCAAUCAGCUUUAAAGUGACUGCCAUCAACCUUCAUGAACGACUUACGAGUCAUAAUUGCAACCAGUGGUACAAGAAGGUUGCCAGUAUCUAGUAUCAGUAUCUAGGCCUGUGUGUGUGAAUAAGAAUAAUAUAUAUGUAAGUGAUAAGAAAAUAGAUGGAGUUUAUCAUUUUGAAAUGAAUGACUACUUUGCCCACAGGCUAAUCGUAAUAGCUAAUUCUUAAUAACUGUUAACUCUCACUUGGUGCAGCAUUCGUGUUUCAGGUUUUCCACAUCAGGUUGUCAUGUUCUAGGUUCUUUAUGUUUAGCUCACCUAGUUUAGGUUAUAGCUUAGUUGUGCCUUUGCCUUUUGUUUUUGUACUGUUUUACCAGCCUUCAAUAAACAGCUCGCCCUUUGUUAAAAUCAAGUUUAAUUAUCACGUGUCCUCACUUUGGUCCACCUCCUCACUCCACACAGUCUGCUUCUGCAGAUAAUGACAGUGCACAAACUUGACUGGUAGUGUAAAUAUGAUAGUUUAUCUCUCUCUCUGAUGGGGGGCUGUCAAGUUAGAAUAAGCAAAAAUUAAGUGAUACAGAGUUGAUGAAAGCAUUACAACCUAAACUUUUAGAUCUGAAGAAUUUUCAUUGGCACCACAUGACAGCGACACUUCGAAUGAUAAAUGAUCUGGUUUCAUAUUCUUACAGGCUUAGCUAUUCAAAUCUUUCCAGGAAAUGACCAUGUGCUUUCCAAACCAUCCCUAUCUCAGUCCAAACAGAUCAAACUAUCUGAGAGUCUAAGAUCAUUCCUUCUGUGAGAUUCUAAAAGUUUAUGUAACAGCCGAAUGCAAGACAGUGAAUUAUAUUUUUGUUUGUUAUAAACUUACACUACUAGGGAAAGAUAUAAUGCUUAGUUGCCUUAAGGUUAAUGCUGUUGUGAUUUGAAGUUAUAUAGUACAAAUAAAAUUGAAUUGCUGCUGCCUAUAGUGCUGCUAAUAGUGGUGUUACUGCCUGAGCUUGGGCUUUGACUCAGCUUGAAAGCUUUGGUUUUUCCAUUUGUGUUUCAACUUACUAUAUGAUUACUAUUAAAAAGUUUUGACUCCAAUAUGUGAUGAUUCCUAAUGUUUUUAUUAAAAAAACAAUUAAACCUCCUGUACUCACAAUCAGUGUCCAUGAAUGUAAAAUGUUGCUAAAAUGUAAAAUGCUGAAACCUUUUGGUUAUCCUUUUAUGCCAACCUGCGGUACGGGAAGAAACAGUAGGACGAUCUAAGUUAAAUACACAAAAAAUGUUCAAAAUUGCUUUAAAAAAGAGAGUUGAACCUGGCCCUUUUAGAUUUAAAUUUGACCAAAGUUAACCAAAUUCGACCUGUACAACCAAACAGAUUUCUCAUCGAAAGCAGACGAUUUAGUAUCGUACAAAAUAAUAAUAGUUGAUAAGAAGAAAGAAGAGGGGCAAAUCCAUGACAAAAAGGAAACACUGAAACAUUUUUCACAUGGCUAAACCAGAAAAACGAGCUCUCCACAGGAUGAUGUUGACCCAAUAGAUUUGCCAGUGAUAUCCAGUCCUCCAAAUUCCCAGGCGCCCAUCUGGGAAUGCCGAUUCUUCAGCAAGAUGGCCCCUGAAGUGUAGCUGUGAUAGUCAGUGUCAUGAAGGUGAACUGGUGAACUAUAAAGAACUGCUUGUGGUCAACAGAAUUUCUUUUUUUCUCUAAAUCAUUUAUGGAGAAAAAAAAACACUAGUAAUUUAGUGGACUUCAUCGGAUUUAUUUUAGUGUACAUGCUGUAAAGCACUUAAAAAAAUGUUUCUAGGCAUAAUAUAUUAAUCAAACUGGUCCAAAGUCCUUAAAAAGUUUAUUGUAGAAAAUGUUGCUUCCAACAUUGCUGUAGUUCUUUGAUAUUUCUUUUAUGAACUUGUGAAAUGUCAAGCAACACAAAGCAGAUCAUUUUAUAUUUAAUCAGACAACCUUUUCAUGACAACAA